AGGGCUUUAACAAGGUGUGACAUCCUCUGCCCUUCACCCUCAACAAGACAAAGGAACAACUACCAAAGAAACAUUUGAACAGGGGAAAAGAACAUAGAAACCUCAGUUAAAGAUCCAAUUAAACACAUGUUUUUGUACUGGAUGUGGGGUGAAAACUGAGGUGCAACGUGACGCUUACGAGCAGCACUUGAAGGCAUCAUGGGCGCGCAGCUGAUAACAGGGACGAGCUGUGGUUGUUGCAACAUCGCUGCCACGUCCGAGGAUCCUCUGCUGCGGCUCUGAGCGCCGGGAUGGGCCGGUGCCGGGCGGAGAUGGGGGGAUGACGGGUGGGAGUGACCGAGGAAACACGGAGGAGAGGAGGGAGGAAAGAGGAAACACGUAGAGACACGACACACCAACAAAAAAACAGUCUGCGUGCAGCUCCAGACUCAAGGAGCGUCCGCUGCCUCCUGGAGGAGCCUGACCGCCGGAGAGCUCCAUUGUUCGGACGCGCACAGGCUCGAUUCUCCGGGUUCCUCCCACCCCUCUGGUUCUGGACGAAGGGGGUCACCCAUGCUAAGCGUGUGGAGGAUGGAGGAAUUUGUGACCGAAGAGGAAGAGCCAUGGUACGACCAGCAGGACCUGGAGCAGGACCUCCACUUGGCAGCAGAGCUGGGAAAGACUCUACUGGAGAGGAACAAGGAGCUGGAGGACUCAUUGCAGCAGAUGUACAUCACCAAUGAAGAGCAAGUGCAGGAGAUUGAGGAUGCUGAGGGCUGCCAGGCCAGGGUACGAGAGUUGGAGGUGGAGCUACAGGAGCUGCAGCAGCUACGUCGUGCUCGCACUUUCCUGCUGGGCGGCGAGGACGACGGCGUGAAUCUCACCCAGACUGUCCUCAACAGCACGCCAGAGACUGACACCUUCCUGGAGGUGGAGGUCGCGGAGACAGGGGGAGGGGUGAGGGAGGAGACCGAAGGUGGAGGGGGCGUCGGGGGUGCGGCAUUACCUGAGUCCAACCCUGUGAGGAAAAGCUGCAGCGACACAGCGCUCAACGCCAUUGUAGCCCGAGAUGCUUCCGGCCGCAGGAGAGGCAGCUACGCCCUGCAUGCCAACAGCGUGAGGAAGAGAGGGAUGUCCAUCCUCAGGGAGGUGGACGAGCAGUACCACGCCUUACUGGAGAAAUAUGAGGAGCUAUUAGGGAAGUGUCGGCGCCACGAGGAGAGCCUGUGUCAUGCCGAGGUUCAGACGUCCCGACCAGUCUCCAGAGACCCAUCCAUGAAAGACUGUGCUAUGGGCCCCAUCCCGGCACCACCGCCUACCCCUACCCAGUCACCAUCCACCCCUGAAGCCAUCGAGAGCAUCAGCAAGCAGGUGGAGGCGGUGGAUAAACGGCUGGGACAAAACACGCCAGAGUACAAGGCCCUUUUUAAGGAGAUCUUCUCUCGUAUCCAGAAGACCAAGAUGGACAUCAAAGCUACCAAAGCUGUUAAAUCUAGCAAAUCUGGGAAAUCUGGCAAAUCUAGUAAACACUAGUGGUUCACUGUUUGGUUGAUUAGAGGACGGUAAUGUGUCUGAGAAUAGGUUUAGUGUAAACAUUCUUAUAGAGGGCGCUAUUGCGGAAACUGCUAAAUUCUAGUAUAGUUCACUUUCGCUGCAUCCACACUAAUAUGUUUUUGUUCGAAAACGCAUCAACCACAGAUUCACGUGGCAUCCCACUACUCUGCAGUUUGGAAACGUUGCUUGACCUGUUUUAGUCUGAAACUCUGGGGCUAUGUUUUAGUCUGGACGGGCAGAAAUGGAGAUUUUUAGGAACAAUGACAUAGAUAUUUACCCCUGCUUGCUGAUUGGGUCUUUUUGGUCAUGACGUCAUGACUCACAAAUUUGUCAGGCUCCUAUCACAUGAACCUCUUUCAUUAGAAAACAAACGGCAGUUGCCUUAGCUACCAAUGCAGAACGCAACAUGGAUCAUCAAUUACUAGUGUUGCGCAGUUAAAUUCUGUAUUUUACAAUGAUAUAACUGUUAACAUGAGUACGAGGCAAGCUAUUAUUGGAGCAAUCUGCUACAAGUCCCGUGUCCAGUGGGACGAGCAUGGCUUCCUGUUUGCAUCCGGACACAUGCCCAGUGUAUGCGAGUGGUCACAUUAUAUGCGUUUUCAGGCGUGUUGGUAUGCACAGGGAUAAAAAACUGAUACUGAGCCUAAACGAUAUGUGGACAAAGGUCGUUUUAGUUUGAAUACGUAUUCAUAUGGAUGUAGUCUUUAUCUGAGGUCAAACUAGACUGCAUGGCUUUAAUCCGGAAUUGAAACCUUCCAGCAUACACAAGUAUCUGAUUUGCAUGUGAUCAAUUUCAAAACCCUGCAGAAUUUAGUUGAAUGCAGUAUAUAAAACAUGAAUUCAUCUGUUGAGAACUAUAGAUUACUCCCCUCUUAUCAUUUGAUUCAGUGUUUCUACUUGAUAUAUUCUGGCUUCCCUGCCUUAAUACCGUGGGCAUAUACUACACCACAAUAACACAAUAAAAGCAACAUGUCUGUGAUGCUCACAACUGCACUUAAUGCUGAGGCUUAAUGAGAAAAUUGCUGCAGGAACAUGAGUGGAAAUCGAUAGAUUUGUUAUUAUAGCGGACUAACAUUUGUGUGAUUGCAUUGAAGGUCCAGUGUGUAAGAUUUAGGUUAAAGGGAUUUUUGGCAGAAAUUGAAUAUAAAAUUAUCCCAGUGAUGUUUUCACUGAUGUGUUUCAUCUAAAUUGUAUGAAUUACAUGGAGGGGGGUCCUCUCUGUGGAGGCCGCCAUGUUUUUUACUGUCAUCCAAACUGGACAAACUAAAACCUUUUGAGUUUUCAUGAAAACUGAAGUUCCCUGCAGGUUCUCUUUCAUGUUUUGAAGGGGAGGGUGAAAUGAAGGGUAUUCAGCUGCAACAUGCAACUUCACCUCUAAAUUCUACACACUGAACCUUUAAGAAAGAUAAAGAUUGACCCUCUCACAUAUUGACGCGCGUGUGUGUCUGUGCCUUUUGUGGAGUAGAAUGACAUUUUGAGAAGUCUUUGAAGGAGUUUUAAUGAGAAGAUCAAAUCCACUGUCAUGCCUGGCUACAGCUAGUAGCUGAUUUUCCUUGCAUGGCAAAAAGACUGAAAUCAGGGGGUAGUGGCGACAUUAACACAUUUUGGUUGUACCAGACUAUUUCUUGGCCAGAAACAGUAACGCUCUGGAAGGUGGUUUCUAUUAGUUUUGAAUAGAGCCAAGUCCACAGUUUUGCUCUAUUUCUAUUCUUUGUUCUAAGCAAAGACUUAAAGAUGGAUGAGAAAAAUGUGUCUCAACCACCACCUGGUGGCUGGCUGCAGAAUAGGACAUAAAUCCACCUCAAUGUUAGAUAGUCAGAAUACACAUCAAAUACAUUUACAAAAAUACAAAUAACAUAAUAUAGUUUAUGUCAUUGUAGGCUGCUGUUAUCACACUGAUGUUAGGUCAAGUGCUCAUUUUCAGGUAAUUUUGAUGUUAAUUAGUUAUUGGAUGCUAUAAAAACAGGCUGAAAAGUCAUGAUUGACAGCUGAGACUGACUCACGAUUGGUUGAACACAUUUAUUGGCGGUACCGUGCUACUGAGGCUCCAUCCUCCUAUGGCUAAUGCAUAGACUCUGGCUCUAAAUGCACAAGAUGGCAGCCUCCAUGUCGGGAUAUUUUGGCUUCAUUUCUGGAUAGUGGGAGGAAGUAGAGAUGCGUCGUCCAGCUUUAUAUACAGUCUCUAUGGUGCUAAGCUAACCUGCUGCUGGCUGUGGCUUCAUGUUUAACAUACAUACAUUAAGUGGUAUCAGUCUUUCUUCAGAUACCUCAAACUGUCAGCGAGAAAGCAAAUAAUGAUAUUUCUAAUUUGAAAAUGUUCAACUGUGUUGCUGAUUAUGUCGACGUGGUCUCAGCAUUUAAAAUCAAGUGAAAAAAGAGGUUGCUAACUGGGGAGCUUCAGAAAAGGCAGACUAGAGUUUUUGUUUCCUUUCAGAAAUUAUACAUGUCCCUCUAAGUCACUUCAACUCUCUUAUAAGAAUUGCAGUAGGUCUUCAUAUGGACCACAACAAAGCUGUUGGGUCAAAAAGAAACCUGCCCAUUGAAAUUUAAGAAGCAUUGCUGUUUAUUCACUGUACAGAACAAUACCUACAGUGUAUGCUGCAAGCUUAUUUUACAUACUAGAUAACCGGUUAAACCAGCUGUGUCGGAGUGAUGCUUCCACUAAAUGCUAAAAAGCCGCUGCAGCAAUGAUGCAACAAUUGAUGCAUAUCGUUGUUUUCACCUAGCAGUCUUACCAAACUAUAAACUAACCUGCAACAAUUGACYCAUAUUGUUMUUUUCACCUAGCAGUCUUARCAAACUAUAAARUAACCUGCAACAAUUGARGCAUAUUGUUGUUUUCACCUAGCAGUCUUACCAAACUAUAAAUUAACCUGCAACAAUUGAUGCAUAUUGUUGUUUUCACCUAGCAGUCUUACCAAACUAUAAACUAACCUGCAAAUAUAUUGCACCUUUUUUCACAGUAUACAAUACCUAUGCCUUUUUUUCUAGGUAACGUCUUGCAGUGUGUAUAAACCUUUGUUAUUAUGAAUGUCACUCCAACUAAUAUUUUAUAUCCGAUCCUUCUGUUAAAUUCAAAAUGUAACGAAGCUUGAAUCCUUUCCAGCUGACACCAGAAGAGGCCCUAUGUGUGUUUUGAAAAAGGAUGGAUGAUAAUUCUGCAACCUGGUACUGAGGACACAGAGGAGUCUGUUACAUCCUGAUGAAGUCAAGGUUAAUUUACAGUUGCUGAAAUGCAAUUCCUGUGGAUAUGAUGUACAAAGUGCAUUGGAGGUCAAUGCUCAUGUCUGUUAGGAUGAUGGAAGUGGGGGACGAGGGAUGAACAUGUGUUAGUGUAGACAAACCAGAGCCUGGCUCUCAAGGUUUCUGUACCGUGAUGUCUCACCAGUUUUGACGCCUCUUAUUUUUCAUAUUUAGGAUAACUAAUACGAAAUUGUGCCUGCGUAUUUAUUUGUGUGUGAAUGUUUUACUUUUUCAGUGCCUAUAUGUGAAUGUCACUAACAUACUGUCCGAAUAAACCCAUUUCAUUUGCUUUACUUACUUGUACAUUAUUAGUUGAUAAGAUAUUGUCAUUCAAGAUUACUCUGGUCAUGUCAUUAUUGAACCCACUUUUAAUAAAGCAUUGAUAUAAUGCACCCUGUUGUAUUGUA